GCAAGGAAAGUUACAGACACCAGGACUAGGGGAAAGGCUGUGUGGCUGUUUGUCUGAGGACAAAGAGGUUUCCCGCGCCUACUUCCCCGCUCCUCACCAAGCCUCUAGGUGGCAAGCUUAGGAACACAUGCAUUUGACGUUGGGAACAUCACUCCGGGGAAUCUGGGAUUUGUAGUUGACAUCGAGCCACGGUCCAGGCAGCAGACAGGAAGAGACACAGGCUCGUGAGUACGAACAAUCCUAGGAUGCAUCGCUUCGCGUGUCCUAGACGCCAUUUUUGUAGUUCUCAGAUACAAUCCCAGAAGUCCGUGCUCCAAAGCCAUAUUUGUAGUUUCUCGUGCACGUGGGUCUCUGCCGCAAUGCAUCUUGGCGUAAGGUCUCUCUGUGACUAGAAGCUUUGUGUUUAUAUCCCGGGGGCCAGGAAGAUGGCGGGGCGGCCUCAGAGCCUCCGAGCCCGGAAGUCUCUACUCUCGGCGGGACGGAUCCGGAAGCGAAGCCCGAAGGGGCGGGACUUGAGCUAGAGACACGCGGCUACUCACACAGGUUUUCCCAGAGAUUAAACCAGAAGAAAACAAUGUGACCGUUUCUGAGCCCAGCUAUUCCAUACGGAAUGCAGUGUAUGUUGUGGCCCAUGCCCUCCAUAAAAUGCUGUUGAGCAAAAUUGAAAUGGGAUCUAAAGAAGACAGAAACAUGGACUGGCUUCUACCAUGUCAGGAUGUAGUGACUUAUGAUGAUGUGCAUGUGAACUUCACUCGGGAGGAGUGGGCUUUGCUGGAUCCUUCCCAGAAGAGUCUCUAUAAGGAUGUGAUGCUAGAGACCUACAGGAACCUGUUUGCUAUAGGCUUCAAUUGGGAAGACCAUAAUAUUGAAGAACAUUGUCAAAGUUCUGGAAGACUUGGAAGGCAUGAAAGAACACAAACCGGAGAGAAACCCUUCAAAUGUAAUCAAUGUGAAGAAACCUUUUUCCAACCCAGUCAUCUCCAAAGACGUAGAGUAACACAUAUUAGAGACAAACUUUAUGAAUGUAAUCCGUGUGAUAUAGCCUUUUUCCAACACAAUCAUCUUCAGAGACAUAAAAGAACUCAUAGCAGAGAGAAACCCUAUGAAUGUAAUCAAUGUGGUAAAGUCUUUUCAAAGCAUGGCAAUCUCCAAACCCAUAAAAGAACACAUACUGGAGAGAAACCCUAUGAAUGUAACCAGUGUGGUAGAGCCUUUUCACAUCAUGCUACCCUUCUGAUACAUGAGCGAAUACAUACUGGAGAAAAACCCUAUGAAUGUAUACAGUGUGGUAAAGCCUUUUCAUGUCAGGGUAGUCUCCGAAGUCAUAAAAGAACACAUACUGGAGAGAAACCCCAUGAAUGUAACAAUGUGGUAAAGACUUUUCACGUCAUGGUCAUCUCCAACGUCAUGAAAGAACACAUACUGGAGAGAAACCCUAUGAAUGUCCCCAGUGUGGUAAAGCUUUUUCACAAUGAAAAAUUCAUAACAUACGGGAGAGAAAUCCUAUGAAUGUAACCAGUGUGGUAAAGCCUUUUCAAAAUAUGGUAAUCUCCCAAAUCAUAAAGUAGUGCCUACUGGAGAGAAACUAUGAAAAUGUAAUUAGUAUGAUAGAGCAUUUUUUAUAACACAGUCAUCUGUAAGUACAUUAAAGAACACGUACCACAGUGAAACCCUGUGAAUGUAACCAGUGUGGUAAAGGGUGAUCACGGCCUGAUACUUCAAAUACAUAAAAAUGCACAGAUUGGAGAGACUCCCUAUGAAUAUCACCACUAUAAAACUUUUUCACAACAUGGUAAUCUCCAAAUACAUGAAAAGACACAUAAGGGAGAAAAAGCUUACAAAUGUAUUCAAUGUGGUAAAGUGUUUUAUCAAAACUUUUAUCUGCAAAGACACAUACUUGAGAGUAGUCCUAUGAAUGUUUUUAAUAGGAUGAAGACUUUGAAUACUUCUUUAGCGUCUAUUAUCAGAAAAGAAUUCAUACUGCAGAAAAUCUCUGAAUAUGUUUGAUUUUGUACAUGAAACUUUGACUUUUUUGUCUUUUUUGUCUCUGGUAGACAUAAAAGGAUGUAGUAUACUCAUCAGGCAACCAUAUAUCUCACAACAUUGCUUGAUGUUCUAGAAAUCCAUUGAGUCCUUGAACAAUCAUGUAGCAGGGACUUUUAACCUUCAAGUGUUAGGAGACAAAAGCAGUGAUGGAACAUCUCCAUCCUCUGCAUUGUAAUGACAUAUUUGGGAGAUGGAGAGUUUGUAGUUCUGCUUCUCUUAUGUACCCAAGUGUGGUUCUUAUUUCCGACACUGGAUGGCUCAGAAUUACCUGUCUUUCCAUGCAUUCUUCUGUUCCCCCUAGGGACCACAUAUGUAAAUGGUGAAAAGACACAUACAUAAUUGAUUCUAUAUUGUAAAAAAAAACUUUUAAAUAUAUAUAUGUAUAUAUAAAUUGAAGAAUAUUUAGAUGCAUUAGUUAUUUCUCUCUGUGUAGCAAGUGCAUGUUGUGUAUCAGUGGAGAACAAUAGAGGAUCUGAUGCAUGUGAUUAGACUUACAGACAGUUGUGAGCUGUCUCUUGGGUGCUGGGAUUCAAAGUAAGGCUCCAUGACUGGGGCUCUUGAGGGUUGAACCAUCCGUUCAGCCCCAUGAGCGUGUCAUUAAUAGCAGUAAGGUAUGAAUGGUUGAUCCUAAGUUCUUCUUUAACAUAGCCUUGACAAUGGAGAAGAAAAAUAUGAGACUUAUAGCAUUAGAACCUAACAUACUUGGUGGUUAAAGAGGAUUCUCUGCCCAGAUCUCCAAAAAAAUGGGGGAAGUGUCUCAAAAAUGAGAGAAAUUGAGAGUACAAGUCUUUAAGAAGUCACUGUUCCCGUGACCAAAGCCACAAGGCUGAAUUAAUCUCAAAUGUAGUAAAUAGGCAUCAAUGUUAGACUGCAAGGACACAUUUAAGGUAUGCCCCUGCUGGAGUUUAUGCCUACUGUAAGGAGAGAAAAAAACCAAACAAACUUGUAGGCAUCAAGAUCCACCUGUCUAACUGGGAGUAUAGUCUGCUUCACCGAUCCCUGAAAAACAUUCAGUAAGGAUCCUGGAGUAAUGGUUACUCCAGAGGACAUAGAGGUUGUGGUCAGGGAAAUCUGAGAUGCAAACAAAAUUACUGUAGGGCUGGGGAAAGCAGACAUUUACAAAUAGUUUUGUAACAUCAAAAAUGUAUUAGGGAAGGACUUUGGAUGCUAAACAAAAGCAUUGAAAGGACAAAAACAAUGCUUGGGAGAUAUACCUGAGGACAAGCUGGCUCCUACUUUAUUCUCUGUAUAUACUCAGCUGUGGUGGGCCAGCCCCCACCAAGUCUUAUACUCUUUCCUUUUUAGGCAACUACAUGUAUCUCAGUGACAGCACCAUGCAGGCCCAUACUUGGUGUUCUCCAGUUGGUUCUUAAAGUCCUCGGUCCCCAAUCUGUCACUACUGUAACCUGCCUGCCAUCAUUAAUGUAGCAAUAAGUAUAUUUGGAAGAAACAUUUAUAUCCUUUUCUUACAUGAAUAUUAAUGAAGGUGUGGAUUCCAUUAACUUCUAAUUUUCCCUUGAAUCUCUUUCUGGGAAAGGCUAAUAGCUCCAUAUGACAGUAACUCAUUAUCUGAAUACCUUGUAGGAGAGAAAGGAGCUGAGAAUGGGGUAGGGAUUUGUGAUUGGGAUAAAUUUAUUAUAUGUAUUGUUUAGAGUUCAUAUUUGUGCAUAUUUCUUGCCUUCUAUCUAAACCUGUUAGGACUUCAAGGAUAUAUUACUUACCUUUUGGUAUAAUGGUCUUGUGAAAAGUACACAAUUUAUCCUUGUUCGUUCAAAUUCCGAUUUCUCUAUUCCAGUAUCUGGUUUCAAUAUGGACAUUGCAUUGUCAUGUUUAUUCUAAGCAUCACCUGUCUAAAGAUUCUAUAAACGUGUCACCAUUUAUUCUGUAUUUUGAAUUAAAUAAGCAGCCAAUGCUGUGCAAUGGAGAGAAUAGGGUGGGACAUCUGAAACUGACUGAGACAUAAAAAAUAUCUCUAGCCACAACUUCAACAAUACUUGGCCAAUUUAUCCUUUGGCUAUAAUAUUCUCAAAAUUUAUUAUGCCAUCCUUUAGUUUAGUUUCUUCUGGCACAUCUAUGCAUUUAUAAGUUUACGACUGUAUAAUGCUUGUGAGAAAGUAUAUGUUUGAAGAAAAAAAGGACUGGACACUGGAGAUGCUGGAUCAAACCUGACAGAAUUCAUCCUUCCAGCAUGCUGAUACAUUGACACAUCUGUCAAUAUUGACAGAUCCAGCAUCUUGCAUGUUCCACCAUUCUGCUUGUUCCUGCCUCAUCUGCUUCAAUUGCUGUUUCUCAUCAACACCGACUCCCAAGAGAGCUUUGAAGAAAGCUACUAAUCUCAACUGGUCCCACAUUUUAGACUAUUCCAAAUAGGACUUCCAGUAAGCCCAAAAUUUUUCAGCUUUCAAAAACUAGACCACAAAUGAAUAAUUAUCCAUUUUUCCCAAUUUCCUUUGAACCCCAUAACAGGAUUUCGGUAUAUCCUAAAAUUCAGGUAGAAAAAAUUAAUUAGAAUGACAUCCAAUUUCCUUUAAGUGGGGUUGAGUACAUUUUUUGGUUGUUUUUUGUGGCUAUAAAUAUUUACUGUCAAUGAGAGAUGGUCAUAAAUUAUUAAUCGUCUUAUUCAGAGAAAAAACAGGUUAGACUCAGGGAUUUCUCCCUUUUUCUUGUCUUUAUCUUUUUUAUUAGAUAAGGAAAAAAGGGAUUGAAAGCAAGAAAGGGGAAUAGAGUAUUCUUAUAUGAAUAAUAAGAUGAAAGUUAGAUUAUUGAAUCAACUUAAGGCUUUAUUUGUUAUUCUCAAAUAAGGUUAUUUUUAAUUCUGGUAUAGGAUUGUGUAUAUUGAUGCAAAAAUAAGUCUAUUUUUAAUAAAUUGGUAAAUUUCAGUAUGUUGAUACAGUUUCAAGGUUACUGCCUAUACUUUCAAACUGCUGUUACCAACUGUUUAGGGUAUUAGGUAAUGCAAGUUAAUUUCUAGUUAAUCAGCUCAUAGUCAUGUCUGACACUAGUCUAAUUUGUCAGUAUAUACAUCCUCGGUUAAACAGAUAGAUAUGAUUUUGUAGACAGUUCGAUUACAUAAAGAUAAGUAAGUCUUCAGUAACAUCAGAGACCUACAGAAUAUGGCAUUUUAAAAUGUGUUUAUUAUUUUAAAGAUUCUUUCACAAUGAGACAGGUCAUCUGGCAGCAACCACAGACCUCAAAAAAGAUGGUGAGCAUCAAAGAACUUCCAUAUGGAGAUGACUUCAAAUGUGGCAAAUAGCCAACUGUGCAAAAAGAAAAUGCCCUCAUUUCAUGACAGACAGAAUUCUGCCAAAAAUGGGCAAGCUUAAAUUCAGGACAAGUCAACUGUUGAACUAUGCCAAGACAGGCUAAUGCUGUGCAAUGGAGAGAAUAGGGUGGAAAUCCUGGCCUGGAGGAGAGGAGUAGAGAGCAGAGAUGGCAGGAGAAGACUUGGAACCAUGAAGAGAGAUGAACCAGACCAAAGCAAGUAUAAUGGUUUAUUCAGGAACCUUGAACAAUCAUCGGACCCUGGGGAAAGCCAGCCCACAGCUUAAAUAGCCUCUGGGUAGCCAACCCAGGCGUGCCACGUGGGCAAUGCAGAUAGGUCCACAUACAUGGAAGCAAGCCAGAUCUUCGGCCUUAGCCAAAUGUGGAAUUGUUCGUGACAGAGAGCACUCACCAUCGGGAAGGUGGAAGGCGGAAACCAGCUCCAUCUUUAAGGGAGCUCCAGUCUCUCCCAUCUUCUUUACCUAACACUCUGGAUCUGUGGAAUUUUAACGUGAAGAAGUAUGUCAGUGUCAAGGCAGACUUUGAAGUUGUUCAACAUAUAACCUGGGGCCUGAACUUAAAAGAAACUUUAAGAUGACUGCAUAUAUUGGGUUCAAAAUCUGUUCUAAGCUGUUUUCUUUUUUAGCAUGAACUAGAGCUGGAUACACGCUAUUAAAGAUUUAUUUUCACUUA